AUGGCGUCGAAAGCAUCCGGGGUGUGGAAAAAGCCCAUCAACCAACCUCAGACAAACAAAGAUGACUCAAGCUUCCCGGGACUCGAACCAAAGGGUCCCGAAACUGCCUCCAAGAUUGCAUAUGAGGAGCUUCAACAAAAUGAGCUCAUCGCCCUUGAAGCCAUUUAUGGGGAGGAUUUCGUGAGGCAUGCAGAGACACCAGGUGCUUGGAAGAAAGCAGACCCUUCAUUCGAUGUUCGCAUCAGGGCGUCAUCAGAUGAGGACUUUGCCGUCACUCUGGGUGUAGUGAUGACUGCUACGUAUCCCAAGAGCCCGCCGCUACUAACUCUGAAGAACACUGGCGACCUCCGUGAGGCUACCCUGUUCAAACUUCAGAAGUUCCUCGAGACUCAGCCCAAGAUAUUUGCAACUGAGGAGCAAGAGAUGAUGGAUCGCAUUGUAGAAGGGAUCAGAGAUAUCCUCGAAGACGCAGCUCAGGCCAAGGCAAAGGGGCUUGAGCUCCCCUCACUUGAAGAAGAGAGAGCAGCCCACGAAGCCUUGCUGGCCAAGCUAGCCCAGGAACAGAAAGAGGAAGAGGACCGCAAGAGAGUUGAAGAAAACAAAGAGGAAGAAAGAGUGCUCGGUGGAUUGUUGCAGGUUGAGUUGAAACGCAAGAAGGAUAAGGCGAAGGAGACGCGCAAAAAGAAUCGACCAAACGGGCUGCCGUCUCUCAACACGAUGGACGGCCCAAACAGCCCCGGAAGUGGUCGCAUAAUCUUCGACAGGCCCUGUCACACGACGGACAAGACUGGAAACAUCAUUUCUUUCCAGGCUGUGUUCGGAAAGUCCGAGGUCGCCAAAGGCCCCGUUUCGACUGUCUUCUCCGUUUGGCCUGUCGUCGGCGACGGGCAGGACUGCCCCAACUUGGCGCUCAAGGAGACUGUUCUUCGCACAACUGCAAAAGAAGACGCCUCUGUCUUCAAGAAACAGAUUCAAUCUCUUGAAAGCCAGCUUGAGGCACUCAAGCUAGUGCGUCACCGGAACCUGCUUGAGAUUUUGGACUUUCGGGUGGAGCGGGAGAAGAACAACACUGCAAAAGUGCUCGCAAGUCUUUGGGCCGUCAGCGUCCUCACCCCUAGUGCUGAGAAGGGGUCUCUUGCUGAACUUCUUGAUUUGGCUGGCCAGUUGGAUACCAGUAAGGUGCGUGCUUGGACACGAGAUCUACUUGACGCUCUCAAUUUCCUGCACAACAAGUCUUUGGUCCAUCAAGACAUACACGCAGGAAACGUCUUACUUUUCCGAGAACAGACAGGGGAAAUUGUGCCAAAACUUGCAGACGCAGGCUAUCAAAGAGAGCUGCACAGCAUCUCGUCCAAGGGUCAUGCGCCGCUAGGACUGAGAUCUGCGAAGUCUGCUUACUGGCUGCCGCCAGAGACUGCCGCGCUGUCGAAGCCUCAUUAUACGCAGAAAACGGACAUGUGGGAAUUUGGUAUUGUUUUUCUGCAAAUGAUAUUCGGGCUUGACGUGCCUCAGAAGUAUCAUUCACCUUCCUCUGUGUCCGAUUCAAUGUCUCUGUCGAGACCUCUACAAGAAUUGGUCACAAGAUUCUUCAAGGCAGACCCCAAGAAACGGCCUCGCGCUUUUGAGCUUGGAUCUAGCGAGUUCCUUGCCACGGAUGCGCCUGUGAUAGUGGAGGAUGAUCCUGCGACUAAGUCAAAUUAUCAUUCCCUUAACACGUUGUCGCCCAUACCCCCGAGGUUGAGACGCGAGUCGACGAAUAGAACUCUGACAUCGUCGAGAUAUCUGGAAGACUUUGACGAGGAGGGCCGUCUAGGUAAAGGUGGUUUUGGCGAGGUGGUAAAAGCCCGGAAAAAGCUGGAUGGACAGAUAUAUGCCAUCAAGAAGAUCAGUCAAAGAUCACAAGCGAGCUUGACCGAGAUCCUGAAAGAGGUUCGUCUGCUGUCUCAGCUCAGUCAUCCAGCCGUGGUUCGAUACUACAAUACCUGGGUUGAAGAAGUUCCAGAUCAGUCGGACACAGAGGGUGAGACCUCCACUGAUGAUCUUAACACGGAAGAUUCCCACGACACGAUAUCUCAAGGCGCCGCUAUCAACCUCACCACAAGCACAGGUGGUCUAGACUUUAUGUCGUCAAGUGGCUAUCCCCAGGUAGAGUUUGGCUACGAUGAUUCGGACGCUGAAGAGGACUCGGACGAGGAAGAGGAGGAUGACGAAGACUCGGACGAGGAAGAGGAUGAGAGCGACUCCGAUUCUGACGACAGCAGUCAGGCGGUCGGGCCUGGACCGAGGGGGAAAGAGAUAUUGAGGAGAAACCAUUCGUACCGAUCUUCCAGGACCGUUUUGUAUAUCUCCAUGGAAUACUGUGAGAAAAGGACACUGCGGGAUUUGAUUACAAGAAAGCUGUAUCAAAACACACCGGAAAUAUGGCGCCUGUUUCGGCAAAUACUCGAAGGUCUUGCCCAUAUUCACGGUCUCAGCAUUGUCCAUCGAGAUCUCAAACCCGAGAACAUAUUCAUUGCUCAUAGUAGCGAUGGAACGGACAAUGUCAAGAUUGGCGAUUUUGGACUGGCGACCAGCGGCCAAUUUGCCGCUGACAGGGUCAUGUCUAACACCAUGGAGUCAGAUGACUUCACCAGAAGCAUUGGGACUACUUCUUAUGCCGCACCGGAGGUACGAUCAGGGUCUAGCGGAAUGUAUAGUGCCAAAGUCGACAUGUACUCUUUAGGUAUAAUCUUCUUCGAGAUGUGUUAUCCCCCGAUGCUCGGUAUGCAAAGAGCCGAUGUUUUGGAAAAGCUUCGGCAACCCAAUCCCACGCUUCCUCCGGACUUCAAGCCUGCAGAUCAAGUACAGACAGAUAUUGUCUUGUCUCUCGUAACACAUAACCCGAAAGAACGACCUUCAAGUGCAGAACUGCUGCAGAGCGGAAAGCUUCCCGUACAAAUGGAGAGCGAGACCAUUAGGCGCACGCUCGCAGGUCUCGCAGAUCCUAGCUCACCGUACUACAAGAAGAUGCUGUCGACCUUGUUCUCCCGGCCACUGGAACAGGCCAAAGACUACGCUUGGGACAUGCACGAGACGAGCCCUAGUCAGGCAGACUUACUGAAUCAGAGCAUCGUGAAAGAAACUCUGAUAUCCAUAUUUCGCCGACACGGAGCUCUGGAGUGCCAGCGAACUUGUCUCUACCCGCGUUCCGCUCAUUAUGCCGAGAAUGUUGUGAGUCUUCUGGAUUCGAACGGAACAGUGCUGCAGCUCCCUUUCGAUCUCACAAUGGGCCACGCAAGGAUGCUUGCCAAGGGCAGCGGAACACCGGGCGUCCAGCGAACCUUCACAUUCGGCAACGUCUUCCGCGACAAAGGGGACACCGGGCAGCCUUACAUGCUCGGCGAGGUCGAUUUUGACAUUGUCACGACCAAUACCCUCGAUCUAGCGUUGAAGGAAGCCGAGGUUCUGAAGGUGCUCGACGAAAUCAUUGCGACCUUCCCCUCGCUGUCCUCCAGCCAGAUGUGUUUCCACCUUGGACAUUCCGACCUGCUGCAGCUCAUAUUUGACUACUGCCGAGUCGAGCAUGGGUCACGAAGAGCCGUGGCAGACGUGCUCAGCAAACUGAAUAUCCACCACUGGACAUGGCAAAAGAUCAGGGUGCAGCUGCGGUCGCCCUUGGUUGGCCUAUCAGCGACCAGCGUGGAUGAACUACAGCGAUUCGACUUCCGAGAUACCCCGUCGAAAGCUUUCUCGAAGCUCAAGACCAUUUUCGAGGGCACCGACAUGUACCAACGUGCUUCUUCGACCUUGGCGCAUCUCAGAGAGGUGUCAGAAUAUGCUAAACGUCUCGGCGUUGCAAGCAAGAUUUACAUUACUCCUCUGAACAGUCUCAAGGAGAGUUUUUACACCGGGGGAAUCCUGUUCUCAUGCCUCUAUGACAAGAAGGUCAAGGAUGUUUUCGCCGCAGGUGGCCGAUACGACAGCCUCAUCAAAGAGAACCGUCCCCGAAUCGGCAGCCAUUACGAAGAGCGCCACGCUGUGGGGUUCAAUCUAUCUUGGGAGAAGCUUUCCAGGCCCCCCAAAAGCGGCGGGAAGGCGUUCCUGAAGAAAUCGGAAGAAGAAAGCUACAACAUCUUUAACAACGCCAAGAGAUGCGACGCCCUGGUGGCCAGCUUCGAUGCCGCUGCCCUGCGGUCCACAGGAAUAGAAAUCCUGCAGACGCUCUGGUCGCACAACAUUAGCGCCGAGCUUGCUAAAGACGCACGCUCACCGGAAGAACUGCUGUCCCGAAACCGCGACGAGGGCUACUCGUGGAUUAUCAUCAUCAAGCAGGAUGCGAUCCUGAAGGUAAAGACGAUGGAUAAGAAGGACAUCCCCGACGUCGACAUACCGAUGGCGCAGCUGUUAUCGUGGCUGCGGGGUGAGAUCCGGGAGCGGGACUCCAAGUCCGUGGCUAAGUUGAGGAGCAACACCCAGCUGGCCGAGACGGGCGGCACAGCGGAGGCGCACCAGGAGCAAGACGUGCGCGUGCUGACGGCGCAGACGAGAAGCAAGAAGUUCAAUCGGAAGACGGUCGUGGAGCAGGCGCAGGUGAGCGCCGCCAGUCUGGUUCACUCAUUCCUAGACGGGCCUAUUCUGGCCGUCGAGACGACAGACCAGGUGAUGGAGCUCAUCAGAGAUACGUGCUUGUCGGACGGGGAGAGCUGGCGCAAGGUGGAGCACAGCGUGACGACGGCGGAGAAGAAGUACGUGCGGGAGAUCCACGACAUGCUACUGAAUUGGAAAUGGGACUGGGAGAAGAAGACUGCCAACCGGCAUUCGUUCCUGUACAACUUCAGGACGGGGAACUGCAUCUACUACGACCUGGGGGCGUAG